AAAGCAGAAGUUUUAUUUAAAAUAAAGCAAAGUUACUUCUUUGGUACUUCUGGGCAAUCCUUUUUUGAAGAACCACAGCAAUGAGUGGCUUUGGAGCCCUACUUCGAAGAAACCAGUCCAUCCUUCUGGUGCUCUUUCUUUUGCAAAUUCAAAGUCUGGGUUUGGACAUGGAUAGCCGUCCUACCACUGAAGUCUGUGCCACACACACAAUUGCACCAGGACCCAAAGGAGAUGAUGGUGAAAAGGGAGAUCCAGGAGAGGAGGGGAAACAUGGCAAAGUGGGACGCAUGGGGCCAAAAGGACUUAAGGGGGAGCUGGGUGAUGCAGGAGACCAGGGCAACAUUGGCAAGACUGGGCCCAUUGGUAAGAAGGGUGACAAAGGGGAAAAGGGUUUGCCCGGGGUGCCAGGAGGAAAAGGCAAAGCAGGCACCGUCUGUGACUGCGGAAGGUACCGGAAAGUUGUUGGACAACUGGAUAUUAGUGUUGCUCGCCUCAAAACAUCUAUGAAGUUUGUCAAGAAUGUCAUAGCAGGGAUUAGGGAAACUGAGGAGAAAUUCUACUACAUCGUGCAAGAGGAGAAGAACUAUAGGGAAUCCCUGACCCACUGCCGGAUCCGGGGUGGGAUGCUGGCCAUGCCAAAGGACGAAGCUGCCAACACACUCAUCGCUGACUAUGUGGCCAAGAGUGGCUUUUUCCGGGUUUUCAUCGGGGUGAAUGACCUUGAGAAGGAGGGACAGUAUGUGUUCACGGACAACACUCCGCUACAGAACUACAGCAACUGGAGAGAGGGGGAGCCUAGUGACCCCUAUGGUCACGAGGACUGUGUGGAAAUGCUGAGCUCAGGCAGAUGGAAUGACACAGAGUGCCAUCUUACCAUGUACUUUGUCUGUGAGUUUGUCAAGAAGAAAAAGUAA